UAUCACAAAAGAAGGUUCUUUUAUUUUGACAUCAUAACUAAUGCGGAGUUUGCGUCCACAAGCUGCAUCUUUUCUUUGCGGCAAUUUGUCAAGCAUUUGGUAUGCAGAACAUCCCUAUAGCAAAAAAACUCAUUCACAAACCUCUAAAAAAUUCAAUUUAACUUCAUACAUUUCCUUCUUUGUAAUUUUGCCAAAAUGAAUAUUUCUUCCCCCACUCCAAAUUUUUAACAACGCUUGUUGCCGAGUUAUGCCCAUUGAUCUCCUUGAUAUAAGCUCUAUAUUGUUCUGCAUUGCAGUCUCUGAGAAGUGGGCUGUAGGCUGAAGCUGGUGUAGCAUCAGUAAGCAUGGGAGAGGCUGUUAUGGCAGGAGAAAUUGUCAAGGAGAUUAGCUUAAAGGAUAUUGCAAGAAAACUCGACGAAUUCGCACAAGCUAGAGAUUGGGAGAAGUUUCAUAGUCCAAGGAAUUUACUUCUUGCUAUGGUGGGCGAAGUUGGGGAGCUAUCGGAGAUAUUCCAAUGGAGAGGAGAGGUGGCAAGAGGCUUACCAAAUUGGGAGGAAUCAGAUAAAGAGCAUCUUGGUGAAGAGUUAUCUGAUGUGCUACUCUACCUUAUCAGGCUAGCUGAUAUCUGUGGUAUAGAUCUUGCUGAUGCUGCUCUUAAGAAAAUGGUGAAAAACGCGAUUAAGUACCCUGCACAGAGGUUGUAAGGUUGUUGCAUUUCAAGUUUUGUUCAAGAAUGAGAUGAUCAAGACAUAAAAUUUGCAAAUGGUUUUUGUUUAGCAAAUGUCUUUGUGUUUCUUUUUGCUAAUCUAGCAUUUGUGGCUUAAUUUGUUUUAUAAAAGUGCUAGUUAAAAGAUGGUCUGAGUGAAAUACGUGCAGAGGAAAAGAAAGCAAAUGUAUGCAUAAUGGUUAUGGUGCAAUAGAUGCUUUAGAUUAUCUAA